AUGGCAGCUCUAAGACUCCCAUUCCUGUAUCCGAACCUACUGCGUUCAGUAAGGGCCUGUGAGCCGACAACUUAUCGCUCGAUAAAACUACCCCCACCACACCAAACCUCAGGGCUAUACUCAUCCUUUCAUACCAGCCAACGCCAUAAUGCAGAACCAUUCCACCAGCGAUAUGGACAAGCUGCAGAACCUCGAAUGCCUCCCCCCCCGAAGCCAACGGAUAAAGCUGCCCCAGAGGCUAGCCAAACCGCUUCGGGCAAGAACAACAAGAGGACUAACGAGUCUGAGUCAAAGGAUGUAAAAGAUGCGGGGAAAGAAGCUAAAUACGAUCCUGGAUCCAAGAAAUCCUCACCCUCCUCAUCCGCAAUCUCCGCCUCCUCAACGAACAUAUCAGCGGAGUUACUUUCACAGGACAAUGUAACAAGCCACCCGGUGCAGAGGACGGACACCGGAGCUGCGGCAGACGAAGAAAAAGUUGACCCAUCGAAGGGUCCUCAGGAUUUUGUAUUUCAAAUGCCGGUGCCCAUUUCUUCGUCAUCACCUACGGGUGAGGCUCCGUCUGAAUCCAUGUUGUUGGGUGAUUCUCAACACCAUAAACCUCCUCAUCUGAGUCCACACCCAUACGUACACCACUUCGAUACCUAUUCCUUGGUGAAAGAUCUCGGUCGUUCUGGUUUUACAGAGGAGCAGUCCGUCUCCAUUAUGAAGGCAAUACGUGGCUUAUUGGCUGACAAUUUGGAGCUGGCGAGGAAGGGCCUCAUAUCCAAAUCCGACGUGGAAAACGAGACAUAUCUUUUUCAGGCCGCAUGUUCGGAGCUUCGAAACUCCCUUCAGACCUCCCGAAAUGCAGCCAUACAGGCUCAGCGCUCACAACGUGCCCAGCUGCAACACGAGUUGGAUAUCCUGACGCAACGCAUGACGCAGGAACUGGCAGGGUUAAAAGAUGACUUGAAGGAAAUGUUCGAUGAUCAAAAAAUUUCGACGAGAGAACUACAGCGCUCACUGGAUACGGCGAUCCAAGAAUUGAACUAUCAGAUCACGGUGUCGCUGAAUAGUGAUGGGAAGAGCGAGGUUGAGGGGUUACGGUGGAUUUUGACGAGGAGGGCCGCUUUGGCUAUUGCCACAAGUGCCAGCAUGAUCAUCUUCGCUCUCAGGUAUUUUUCGUAUAAACAGCGCGAAAAAGAAACCGCUGCAAAAGCCACUACUGCUGAGGUGAAAGUGAUUAGCUAUCCUGCGUCGGAUCAGCCAUUGCCACCUGUUGCUCAUCCAGCGUCAAUGGUCGUGGAGCCGAUUGGAUAA